GCUCGCGUACCCCCACUCCGGCAUGGCUGUGACACGACGAGCCCGUGGCCGUUCCGGUGAACGAGGCUGUUUGGCAUUCCAUCGUGCCACGAGUAGGGCUCGCGCGUUGAAUGAAGCACCCGAGCUGGCAACAGCUCCGGCGUGAGGGAUCAUCUGGCGUGCUCUAGCGAGGUGGAGCAACUCGCUCGUGACCAACGAGACUCCACCGCGAGUGAGACGCGUCGUCAGCGAGGGACACCGUGGCCCAGCACGAUGUCGGCGAUCUUCGAUAUCGAGCUACAGGACGCGGGCCUGCUGCACCGAGACGAAUCGGACUACGAGGACGAAAUCGACGCGGAGGAAUACGAAAUCGAUCAAAGUGUGAGCGAGAUCACAGAUCCAUGCGUCAAUUUGGACGCUGUGAUGACUGUAUCGAUAUACGAGGAGAGUAUCAAUCAGCGCGAGAAAGUUGGACCAGUAGAUUUCGAAUUGUGCAAAGUUAUCGGAAAAGGCGGAUACGGCAAGGUUUUCCAAGUGCGCAAGAAAACUGGAAAUGACAGCGGCACGCUCUUUGCUAUGAAGGUAUUACGUAAGGCUUCCAUUAUAAAAAAUCAGAAAGAUACAGACCACACAAAAACUGAAAGAAAUAUUUUGGAAUCCGUAAAGCAUCCUUUUAUCGUAGAUCUCAAAUAUGCUUUCCAAACUCAUCAUAAAUUAUACCUAAUACUGGAAUACAUGUGUGGCGGCGAGCUGUUUCAACAUUUAAAUAAUGAAGGAAUUUUCUUAGAAGACACUGCGCGAUUUUACUUGUGCGAAAUUAUAUUGGCUUUGGAACAUCUCCAUUUACAGGGAAUUAUAUACAGAGAUUUAAAGCCAGAAAACAUUUUACUGGAUGCGGAAGGGCAUAUUAAGUUAACUGAUUUUGGACUAUGUAAAGAACAUAUACAAGAGGGUGCUCUUACACACACAUUCUGUGGCACUAUCGAGUACAUGGCGCCGGAAAUUUUAACGAGAAACGGACAUGGCAAAGCAGUAGAUUGGUGGAGUUUGGGAAGUUUAAUGUAUGACAUGCUUACGGGAUCUCCACCGUUCACGUCAGAUAACAGAAAGAGAACUAUCGAUAAGAUUCUUCGUGGCAAAUUAAAUCUUCCACUGUAUUUGACUGCUGAUGCCAGAGAUCUCAUUCGAAAAUUGCUGAAAAGGCAAGUUUCACAGAGACUAGGAGCCGGCUCGUCGGACGGCGAGCAAGUGAAGGCACACAGAUUUUUCAGACAUAUCAAUUGGCAUGAUGUAUUAUCCCGAAAAUUAGUACCACCUUUUACACCAAAAUUAAAGAGCGAUGAUGACGUGUCCCAGUUUGACAAGAAAUUUACCAGUGCAGCACCAAUAGAUUCGCCGGUGGAGUACACCUUAAGCGAGUCGGCCAAUGGAGUGUUCCAGGGAUUUACAUAUGAAGCACCAAGCAUAUUGGAUGACGUAUUUUCUCCGCAAUCGCGAUAUCUGAGUAGCAUGUCGCAGCCACGAAUCGUGAACGCUAGGAGUCCUCGUAAAACAACUAUACGUGGCUUCUCACCUCGGACACCACAUUUUCAUCUUCACAAUUUACAUCUACAAAGGCAUGGCGGAAUGAACAACACGGAAGAUACGGAAAUGGUUGAACUAGAAUAACCAUUACUGUAGGAUCAUAAUAGGUAGUAUUUUUGCCUAACUGCUAGAUAUCCAUGAUACUCAGGGAGGGAUUUUGUAAUUUAGCAUAGUUAGGGAAUGGAUACGGCAUCCAUCAUCACUUCUAUUGGAUAUCUAGUAGUUACGAUUAGCUAAUUUCUUUUUUAUUCUACACGAAAGAAAAACAAAUUUAUAGGAAAUAUAUCGAUCGAGAUAUAUGAUGACUUAAUGGCAACACGGCAGUCAUUCGGUAGCUUUUACGGGAGGGAUAGGAAACGAGGGAGGAGUUGCAAUUUUGGGAGUAAAUGCAUUACGAUGAAAUGAUCUGCCAAGAGAUAUAUUGUUUAAAUGAUUAUAAUGCAAAGUUAUUUCGAGUAUUUGUUUAAAAAGUUUAUUAAAAGGAUACGUAUGUCGAAUUGCAUUAUUUGCAUUCAUAAGUGCAUGAGAUUACAUGUUUUGUAUCUCAUUGUUUAAUGCAUUGUUUAAUGCGGAUCGGUUAUUAUAGGCAUUUUCGUUAAUGCUUGCAAUCACGUUGUUAUCAUUCGACAUUCGACGCCUGUAAUUUGUAAUGUGGGGGAAAACUAACAUAAGCCUUUUAAAAAUUUGGAAAUAUUCAAGCAUGACACUUGAAUAACGAAAAGCCACAUAUAAUCCUUAGAAGGUAAAGACUUAAUCUUGAUAUGAUAUUUUUACAAUUGAAGAUUUAUAUAUGGUGUGUCCCGCUCUGUAACAGUAUAAGUUCACCUUUUACCUGGUUACAAUGCGGAAAACGAUAUAUCAGCAGAAUGUACUAGUUAAUGUGAAUUAAUUGGGAAAUUAAUACUGAUUAAUUUGCAUUACUCAUAACAGCGCGAAUUCGCGAAGAGAAAGUUUUGAGAAAUGCUACCGCAACCGCUCCGCCAUUCAAAACACGUUUUACACGCAACAUUGUCAGUUGGGAGAGAAUAUUUUUCAGCAGUAAUAACGUUCCCAUGGCAAUAAUGUAAGAGAUAGUUCGCCUAAGUCGAAUAACUGUAAAGAUGACGAAGUACAUAACGCUAACGAUGGAAUUGCAUUUAUACACGAUAAAAGUUCCUAUGCAUUGCAAAUUUCAUUACGACACCAUUUAUUCCGCGAAAUGAGAGAAUAUUUUGUUAAAUGAUCAUACGCGUCAGUGCCUUGGAGUGAGAACCGCCACUGUUUCGUGUCUCGAAAAGCAAGAAAGCAAAGGUGUGUUUCAGCCAUAUGAUACACGUACGAAUCUCUCUAUUGCAUCCGUAUCUCAAACUAAAUCACAAGUUAUUCUCGUUGCCAGGCACUGAUGCCGGAUUCGUUGAAUGAACGAGAGAAAACUGUCCACCUAGCUCGGUUUAUACUUAUACGUGAACGAACGAACGAUGAAUUUAUUUUGAGACGACUGUUUUUUACCUGGUAUUUCAUACUGUCCUUACCGCUUACUUAUAGAAUUAGAAUGAUGAAUACAAAAUCGAGGUGCUCACCACUAUUCGGUUGCAUUUUUUAUUGUCGAGCAAUCGUUGUAUCUGACACAUCUUGUGAGAGGGGGUAUUCUUGUCGCGUGGUAUUACGCUGGAUCACCGAACGGUCAGAAUAAAGUACCAGAUGAGAACAGUUACCAUGGUGACAAUGUUACUGCGAAACACACAUGGACUUUCCAAUCAGAAUGAAGAAUAGCGUACUUGUUCCUGCGUUACAUAUAUUAUGCACAGUAUCAUCUUACAUUGUGUGUGUGUAUGUAUGUAUAUAUAUAUAUAUAUACACACACACGACGUUGAUUUUACUUACGGAACGCAGUAAAGGAAAUAGACAUAAUAAUACUUAAGCGAGAGCGAGUCGCUCGCGAAAAACUCCAAACUACCCAAGUGUUCAAUAGGCCAUGCUAGCCGGCAGAUAUCUUUUAAUUAUUUAUAAUAGAGACAUAUGUGCCAUAGUCGACAUGUAACAUUGCCUGAGGUCUCUUAUUCUGACGGUCUCUCCCUCUCUCGAGUCUACUUUUUGUCCGUGUGGGAACAUUUUCUCGUAGACAAGUUGCAUCUCGACUAUGUAUGUUUGCGUGAGCAAGCGCAGGUAUACUAUAUAUACACGUAUACACAUUACGAAACGUUACUUGCAAUGCUGUAUUGUAUCACGAGAGAAAUCUGCGUAUUCUGGAAUGACGAUGAAGAUUUUUUUAUUACGGUUCUUUUCCGCGUGUGUCUGAAAACGUAUAUAUUUUCAACGUUAAAUCGGGAAUGUGCCUAUAGAGAGAAUUGUCAAGACGCUCUAUCGAAAGAUUUAUAUAUAAAAAUAUAUAUAUAUAUUAUAUAUAAAAUAUGUGUAUAUUACACUCGAUGAUAUACUGAGAUUUGUCAUACGUAACCGUGAAAGAUAAUACUGAUUAUCUCCUGAGUUACCCGCCGUCUUGAUCGUGACGAAUACCAAAACCGCAGUAUAGACUAAUUACCUAAGAUUUGCUUUAAAUUAAAGCAUCCGACGUAACGAAAAAAACGCUGUUCGACAUCACUGCCUCGUACAACGCGCGCGCGUUGUCGCUUCUCCCCAGGAUUCCGCGACGAAUCUUCUUUUACGGAGUCAGGGCAUUUAUAUGCGAGAGAUCGAGAGCGCGUCUGAAUGCAGUCAGCUGCGAGGGAAUUUUGUCGACAGGUCCUAGCAUAGAUAUAUGUUAAAUAUAUCUAAAUAUACUUAAUCUAAUAUAUUUAGUCUAAAUAUAUUUAAUAUAUCUAUGUAGCAACUCCAUCGACGUGCUCUCGACGGAACAUUAGUGCUGAUGCGGAUUAUAUAUGUUCUUUAUUGAAUAUUUAGAAAAAGGAUUAGUCUCGUUUCGAUGAUCAGCAAAUAAUUAAGAUAAACAAAAACUUUCUGAUUAUAUGCCGCAUCGUACGACAGUCUCGUGCUCAUUUCUAAUACGAUAUGCGUUAGCUUGUUUCUAAUAAGUUAAGUGUUAAUCAAAUUCUAUGUGUACGAGUUUUUUCAAUACGUAUGCUUGACGGCAGCAGUGUCAGCUCUCAUUUUAUGCUCGGGUGCCGCCUUUGUGCGUCUUAAUGCCGAUUAAUGACGAAUGUUCAGUACAAAAUUCAGCAGACGGUACGAACGAGAACGUGACAUUGCUGCACGCUGAAUCGAUCGGACGAUUCAACGAGGAUUGUGACUCGACGAUUAGCUCCAUAUUAUAUAAUGCACAAACUGAGAUAUGCAUAUUUAUUUGCAGUACGAAUGUAUUAGUCGUUCUAAGGGCGGAGAAUAUCAUCGAACUAUGUGUAACGAAGUCUAGCCAUUAGGCGGAAAAGUGAUAAAUGAUUUGAUGCUUCCGAUAUUAAGAUUAAAUGUAGACUUCUUAAUUAACUUAUCGCUGCUAUGGUUUGUAAUCUUCUAUAAAUCGUAUUUACAAAUAAACAUAACGAUUUGUGACACAUUUCGUUGUUAUAUAUUGGAGUGUUUGCUCUUAAUUUGGUAAUUCAUUUCUAAGUUAUCUAACGUGGGCGUGAAAUUCCGCAUAUUCUUAAAGAGAUCAUUCGAUAUCCAUGUUUGUGCAUUUCGUGGCAUAAAUUUAAGUCGUAUGCGUGCCAUGUCAACUGCCACAGUAAAAAAAAAGAAAAUAUUGGCAAUUUUGAGUAUUCCUCAUUUAUUGUAUUCGGUCUCGGGAUUCUGGAGAUGAUCGAAUACAACAAUAAUCAGAUACCAAGUAUGAUUUAUUUCGUAAUUAUUCGUAACUCAAAGUUGGGCAACUUGACGGAAUCUUUGUUUGCGUCGCAAAUAUCUCGAGAUAAAUGCGUGGGUUCGCUCGCACGGAUCUACGUACGCGCGAAUAAAUGAACCGGCAUAAGCAGACAGUAGCUAGCUAGCUAUCUCCGUCGCUCCCGGUACGUGCACGGUGUUAGCUUGGUUCCAUCGGCUUAUCCGCGUGGCAGGUGUACGGGGGCGGCGUGCAGCCGCCUACCACGCGGAUCGCGUAAUAAGAUGUAUUGCACGCGCACGCCGUAUUUCCAGUCAUCGGCGUGACAGCAUCGGUCGCCGAGCGAUCUCCGUGCUCACGUCCACGCCUUUCCUGGAGAGACCUCGAGAGUCGAGACCAGCCGCCUUGCGACGAUUCCGAUCGAUUAUCAACGCGUCCAACGUACGCAUCACGAGGCACACAUCGCUUGACGUUACCGUUCGGCUCUAAUCUUCCUGGCUAUUUGGAUGGAUCAUCACGAUAAUUAGUGGAAGAUAAUCUGGUGUCUCAAAAGCAACGUGUGUGAAGUUAGCCCCGCACUUUUUGAAUUUCAUCUUUUUCUUGAUUGUGCUGAAUUGUGCUACGUUUGUGCCGUAUUGUGCCGCAAACCGCAGUUCAAUAUCUCAAACCGUUUUCGAAAAAAAAAUAAAAAACGAAAAAUUUGGUAGCCCCGCACUUUUCGAAUUUUGAAUUUUCAUUAAUUGUGCUGCAUUGUGCUCCGUUUGUGCUGUAUUGUACCGCAAACCGCAGGUCAAUAUCUCAAACGGUUUUCGAAAAAAACAAUGAAAAAUUUGGUAGCUCCUCACUUUUUCGCGAUUAAGCUCAAAUUUUUUUUCCAAAUUGGCGUUGACUUGUGCCGUGUUGUGCCGUUGGAAAAAUUUGAAUAUUUCAUUCCGUUUCGAUAAAAAAAA